AUGAGGAAGACUCUGCCAGGAGUCUGGACCGAAGGUUCUGCUGACGUGGGAAGGGGAGGAGAGUCUGGAGGAAGGGGAGGGGAAAGCAGCUCAGAGAUCGCAGAGACGAAGGAGGCGCCCGCGGCUGCAGAGCUGCAGAGCGGGGUCUCUCCAGCCUCUGUAUCCGGGCAUCGGUGCCCCCACUGGGCCAAAGGACAGCGCAUCCUUUUGGUGCGGGUCGACAAGGCCUCCGCGGUCGGCAAGCUGGCUCCCCGGGUGGCCACCGGGACCCCCGAGCCCAAUGGCGGGGGCGGCAGCAAAAUCGACAGCACUGUAGAGAUCACUCCCAGCCCCAACGGACAGGUCGGGACCCUCGGAGAUGCGGUGCCCACGGAGCAGCUGCAGGGUGAGCGGGAGCGCGAAAGGGAGCGGGAGGGGGAGGGCGACGCGGGCGGCGACGGAAUGGGCAGCAGCCUGUCGCUGGCCGUGCCCCCCGGCCCCCUCAGCUUUGAAGCGCUGCUCGCCCAGGUGGGGGCGCUGGGCGGCGGCCAGCAGCUGCAGCUCGGCCUCUGCUGCCUGCCCGUGCUCUUCGUGGCGCUGGGCAUGGCCUCGGACCCCAUCUUCACCCUGGCGCCCCCACUGCACUGCCACUACGGAGGCUUCGCCCCCAACGCCUCCGGCUGGGAGCAGCCCCCUAACGCCAGCGGCGUCAGCGUCGCCAGCGCGGCCCUAGCAGCCAGCGCCGCCAGCCGCGUCGCCACCAGUACGGACCCCUCGUGCAGCGGCUUUGCCCCGCCGGACUUCAACCAUUGUCUCAAGGACUGGGACUAUAACGGUCUGCCGGUGCUCACCACCAACGCCAUUGGCCAGUGGGAUCUAGUGUGUGACCUGGGCUGGCAGGUGAUCCUGGAGCAGAUCCUCUUCAUCUUGGGCUUUGCCUCUGGCUACCUGUUCCUGGGCUACCCGGCGGACAGGUUUGGCCGUCGAGGGAUUGUGCUGCUGACCUUGGGGUUGGUGGGCCCCUGCGGAGUGGGAGGGGCUGCCGCAGGCUCCUCCACAGGUGUCAUGGCCCUCCGAUUCCUCCUGGGCUUUCUGCUUGCCGGAGUUGACCUUGGUGUCUACCUAAUGCGCCUGGAACUGUGCGACCCAACCCAGAGGCUUCGGGUGGCCCUGGCAGGGGAGUUGGUGGGGGUGGGGGGGCACUUCCUGUUCCUGGGCCUGGCCCUUGUCUCUAAGGACUGGCGAUUUCUGCAGCGAAUGAUCACCGCUCCCUGCAUCCUCUUCCUGUUUUAUGGCUGGCCUGGUUUGUUUCUGGAGUCUGCGAGGUGGCUAAUAGUGAAGCGACAGAUUGAGGAGGCACAAUCCGUGCUGAGGAUCCUGGCUGAGCGGAACCGGCCCCAUGGGCAGAUGCUGGGAGAGGAGGCCCAGGAGGCCCUGCAGGACCUGGAGAACACCUGCCCUCUCCCUGCAACAUCCUCCUUUUCCUUCGCCUCCCUCCUCAACUACCGCAACAUCUGGAAAAAUCUGCUUAUCCUGGGCUUCACCAACUUUAUUGCCCAUGCCAUUCGCCACUGCUACCAGCCUGUGGGAGGAGGAGGGAGCCCAUCGGACUUCUACCUGUGCUCUCUGCUGGCCAGUGGCACAGCAGCCCUGGCUUGCGUCUUCCUGGGGGUUACCGUGGACCGAUUUGGCCGCCGGGGCAUCCUGCUACUCUCAAUGACCCUCACUGGCAUUGCGUCCCUGGUCCUGCUGGGCCUGUGGGAUUAUCUGAAUGAGGCUGCCAUCACCACUUUCUCUGUCCUUGGCCUCUUCUCCUCCCAAGCUGCUGGCAUCCUCAGCACCCUCCUCGCUGCUGAAGUCAUCCCUACCACUGUCCGGGGCCGAGGCCUGGGCCUGAUCAUGGCACUGGGAGCUCUUGGAGGGCUGAGUGGCCCAGCCCAGCGCCUCCACAUGGGCCACGGAGCCUUCCUGCAGCAUGUGGUGCUGGCGGCCUGUGCCCUCCUCUGCAUCCUCAGCAUCAUGCUUCUGCCGGAGACCAAGCGCAAACUUCUGCCCGAAGUGCUGCGGGAUGGGGAGCUGUGCCGCCGGCCUUCCCUGCUGCGGCAGCCACCCCCUAACCGCUGUGACCAUGUCCCACUGCUUGCCACCCCCAACCCUGCCCUCUGAGUGGCCUCUGAGCACCCUGGCAGGAGGCUGGCUUGUACGGAAAGGUGGUAUAAGGCCCUGGCGAACCGAUUGGGAGGACUGAGUGAGGAAGGCAGGGCUGUCCAGAAGGCUCAGAGGCACCUCAUGCCAGCCAUCGAGGAGAGCUCAGAGGGCUGUCCCCACCCCCAUCUCCUCCCUGCUGCUUUGUGUUCACUUCCUUGGCAAGAGUCAGGGGACAGGGAGCGAGCUCCACAGUGUAACCACUAGGUCUGGGCUCCAUCCUGUGCCCAAAGACAUCCUCCCAGACCUCGUUCUUUCUUGCUCUAUCAUUCUGUUUCAAUAAAGACAUUUUGAAUAAAUGA